AUGGCCUUCUCCAUGAUCCUCCAUCCUUCGUCGUCGUCUUCCUUCUCCUCAUUCGGUGGCAAAAGCUCCAUAAGCCGCCAUGGCGAUCAGAAACCAGUGCUUCAAUGCUGCCUGGAGGAAAAACAUGCCCAGAAGCUGAAGGAGGCAAAGCAUUUGUUCACGAAGAGGAAGCAAUCUCGUCCUGUAGAGAGCUUAGUAAUGGUCGAUGCCGUCCAGCGACUUGGCAUCGACCACCAUUUCCAGGAAGACAUCGAAGCUGUUCUUGACGAUGAGUUCAUCAGCAGCCGAGAAGAUGGUCUUUCCGAGGUUUCCUUGAGCUUUCGAUUGUUAAGGCAACAAGGUCAUGCCAUCACCUCUGAUGUGUUCAACAAGUUCAAGAAUCGGGAAGGGAAGUUCGUGUCGAGGUUAGGACAUCAGAACGUGGAGGCACUAAUGCAACUCUACGAGGCUUCCCAAUGGGUCACCCCCGGGGAAGAAAUACUGCACGAAGCUGGGGAAUUUAGCGCCCGCCGGCUGCGUUCAUGGUUAGGUGGCGACCGGUGGUCGCAAUAUGAUCCCAUGGGACAUUUAGCGACGAGGGAGUUGGUCGCUAAUACGCUGAAGCAUCCUUACCACAGGAGCAUACCGAGGCUGGCGAUUAAAGACUACUUGAGAAGCUUCAGGGGAACGUUAAUCACAAACAAGGAGCAGGGUUACUGUGUUGAGACUCUCAAGGAUCUGGCGAUGUUGGAUUGCAAAAUGAACCAGGUGGUUCAUCAGAAAGAACUUGGCCAGCUUUCCAGGUGGUGGGACGAGGUUGGUUUGGCAGCGAAUGUUGGGAGAGAUCAGCUGUUGGUUAAAGCCAGCGCGUGGCCGAUGGCAACCCUAGCAGGAUCUGAAUUUUCUGAGUACAGGGUAGAUCUUGCCAAAAUCAUCGCCUUAGUAUACCUCAUUGACGACAUCUUCGACACCUAUGGAUCGCUGGAAGAACUCACCCUCUUCACAGAAGCUGUUACUAGAUGGGACACUGAAACGGUAGAUAAAUUACCAGAGUGCAUGAGAACGUGCUUCAUGGCCGUCUAUCAUACGACUAAUCAGAUCGGAUACCAAGUGUACAGAAAACAUGGAUGGAAUUCGAUGCAUUCGCUUAAACAAGCAUGGGCAAAAUUGUUCGAGGCAUUUCUAGUGGAAGCGAAGUGGCUGAGAACGGAAGAGUGUCCAAAGUCAGACGACUACCUCGAGACUGGAAUCGUGACUUCUGGAGUGCCAUUGCUGCUGGUCCACUUCUUCUUCAUGUUGGGCUUGGGCCUAACGGAACAAAACGUGGGCCUCGUGGACAGCGGCGAGCCGCCGUUGAUAUCAUCCGUCGCCAAAAUUCUGCGCCUGUCCGACGACCUUUCCUCCAUGUACGAGGAACACGUUGGAUACGACGGCUCUUACGUGGAUUGCUACUUGAAGGAGAAUCCUGGUUUGUCGGUCGAUGAAGCCACGAAGCAUGUGAUGGAAAUGAUUGAAGACACGUGGCAGCAACUCAACCAUGAGUAUCUGUCUCCGGCGAUACCUUUCCCGACGGCUUUUGCCAGGGCCGUCGUUGUUUCUGCCAAAAUGGUGCCUUUGAUCGGAUCCAAUGGCGAGAAGCCAUUGAUGGUGCAGUGCUGCCUGGGGGAAACACAUGCGCAGAAGCUGAAAGAGGCAAAGCAACUGUUCACGAGGAGGCAGCACUCAGUGGCGAGAGAUGAUCAAGUGUUGAUGUCAUGUCCCGUCGAGACCUUGGCACUGAUCGAUGCGGUGCAGCGGCUGGGGAUCGACUACCACUUCCAUGAAACCAUCGAAGCUGUUCUUCAUGAUGAGUUCUCUGCAACUAAGAUGGCGGCCGCCGCCGACCGGCGCCGACAAGAUGGGCUUCUCGAGAAUGACGAGGGGAAGUUCCAACCCAGGCUAUUAGGUCAUCAAAACGUGCAAGCAUUAAUUCAACUGUACGAAGCCUCCCAGUGGAUGACACCUGGCGAAGACAUACUGCGUGAAGCCGGCGAAUUCAGCGCCCGUCGGCUACGUUCGUGGAUAGCCCCCAAGCCGUCGCAAUAUUAUUCCGUCGUUAAUGAUGUCAUUGGACUAUUGGCGACGGAAGAAACCGUCGCCAAUGUGCUGAAACAUCCGUACCACAAGAGCAUACCAAGGCUGGUGAUUAAAGACUACUUGAGCAGCUUUGGGGCAACGAUUACAAGCAAGCAGCAGAGUCGCUACGUUGAGACUCUCAAAGAUCUGGCGAAGUGGUGGGAUAUUGAGGUUGGUUUGGCGGCGAAUGUUGGGAGAGAUCAGCUGCUGGUCAAAGAUAGCUCGUGGGCAAUGGCAACCCUCGCAGGAUCUGAAUUCUCUGGCUACAGGGUCGAGCUUGCCAAAAUCAUUGCCUUAGUGAAGCUCAUUGGUGACAUCUUCGACACUUUUGUAUCGCUGGAAUGGGCAAAAUUGUUCGAAGCAUUUCUAGUCAAGGCCAGAUGGUUGAGAACGGAGGAGUGUCCAAAAUCAGACGACUGCUUGAGGACUGGAAUCGUGACUUCUGGAGUCCCGUUGCUGCUGGUUCACUUCUUCUUCAUGUUGGGCUUGGGCCUAACGGAACAAAACGUGGGCCUCGUGGACAGCGACGAACCGCCGUUGAUAACGUCCGUCGCCAAAAUUCUGCGCCUGUCCGACGAGGUUUCCUCCACGUACGAGGGAGGCGUUGGAUACGACGUCGGGUCGUACGUCCCUGAAGCCAGGAAGCAUGUGGUCGAAAUGAUCGAAGACACGUGGAAGCAACUCAACCAUGAGUAUCUGUCUCCGGCGGUACCUUUCCCGACGGCUUUUGGGAAGGCCGUCGUUGAUUCUGCCAAAAUGGCUCCUUUGAUGUAUGAAAUUGGACUUGAUGAUGAUGAUGAUGAUGAUCAGGAGUCGUCUGACAUUGAUUGCAUUCCAAGUCUUCAACAGUACCAUAACCAGCCUGCUUCUGUUUGA